CAGAUCAUAAAGUAACCAACCAACCCUCAGAAUGAUCUCUCGCAUCCUCUUCCCCCCCCUCACUUUCCGGCCUGUCAUCGCAUUGCUACCCCGCCGUGCACCUAAUCACACACACACCAUAUUACUCCCUACUCCUCCGCUGAAGGAGGCCUACUUAACGCAAACGCUGAAACAAUUCUUACCCCAGAGAAGGAGCUGCGCCAAAGCCAUGCAAGAAUCGCCAUCCUCCGAGGAUGGGAAUGAUUUGAUAUUUGUCCGUUCCUUGAAUUUGAAAGCCACAACAGGCGUAGACUCCUGGGGCCGUAAACAUCCCCAACCAAUUCUCCUAAGCCUCUGGCUCAAGAGCUCCAUCGCGCUCGCCGGCUCAACAGACCACCUCCCAUACUCCAUAAAUUAUGGCACAGUAACGAAGGUUGUGACUGCGCACGUCGAAAACGACACAUUCAGUUCUCUAGAGCACCUUGCGGAGGACGUAGCGCGUACCGCUUUGGGCCCGAACAUCAACGCCGGUUGGGUUAGGGUCACUGUUGAGAAACCGAGAGCUCUGCUCCGCGCGGAUGCAGCCGGGAUCUCAAUUACCAGGAGGAAGAAUAACGAGGGAGAAGUAUUUGCUGAAGGUAGUGACCGGGUUUUCGUCAAGGGCCUCCGGCUUGUAACAAUCAUUGGCGUGAACCCCUGGGAACGGGAAGAGAAACAGGCUGUUGUGAUCAACUUGACGAUGCACAAAGAGAACAGCCCCGGGGAGCUCGUACAGGUGGUUGAGGGUGGAAAUUUCGACCCGCAUUAUAACUUCCGUUCCGUGGCUAAGUACGUGACAGAGCAUGUUGAAGCCUCGGAUUACAAGACGGUCGAGGCGCUUGUUACGGCCGUCGCGAAGGAGGCUUGUAUCGGGUGUGGGAUUUCGAAGAUUACGGUGCGGGCGGAGAAGCCGAGUGCUCUGACGUUUGCAGAGGGGCCGGGGGUGGAGAUUACCAGGGAGAGGUCGUUCUUUGCUUUAGAAGAAGCCGCAGCAGAAGUAGAGGGAAAUCAUGAUGCAUUCAUCGCUUUAGGUAGUAAUAUUGGAGACCGCUUUCAAGCCAUAAAAGACGCUGUCGCAGAAGUAGAAAAAAGGGGGAUAAAGGUUAAGAAAACGAGCAGUUUGUAUCAGAGUGCCCCGAUGUAUUACCUUGAUCAGCCGACGUUUUUGAAUGGGGUUAUUCAGGUAGAGACAACACUAUCCCCAGACGUCCUAUUAGAGACCUUAAAGGAUAUAGAAUCCCUCCUCGGUCGAUUAAAAAGUAUCGAGAACGGACCCAGAUCGAUAGACCUAGACAUACUCCUCUACGACAAUCUUGUACUCGAAACUCCACACCUCACAAUCCCGCAUCCGAAAAUGCUCGAACGCGAAUUCGUUCUCCGGCCCCUGUGCGAUAUAUCCCCCAACAAACCCCACCCACUAACCUCCACCGCCUUCAAACACCAUCUGAAUGCCGUCCCCCUACCACCGCCCGACACCCCGCCCCUCCGUACAUUUGCCUUUCUCUCCCCGCACCUCCCCCCACUCGACCCUUCAAACCCCCACCGAAAAACGUACAUAAUGGCAAUCCUAAACCUAACCCCAGACUCCUUCUCUGACGGCGGCCAGCAUACACACGAUAGCAUUAUAUCAACCGCACGGGAGCUGACCGCUGCGGGAGCCGACAUCUUAGAUAUAGGCGGGUGCAGCACCCGCCCGGGUGCCGCACAAGUAAGCCCAGAAGAGGAACUAUCAAGGGUGAUCCCGGCAAUCAAAUCCCUUCGCGACGCAGGCAUAAAGACCGUGAUAAGCAUAGAUACAUACAGAUCCGUGGUGGCCAGAGCUGCAAUAUCCGCCGGCGCGGAUCUAAUAAACGACAUCUCCGCCGGAACUUUGGACAAGGACAUGCUCAAAACAGCAGCGGACCUCGCAGUGCCCAUCUGCCUGAUGCACAUGCGUGGUACCCCCUCCACCAUGAAUUCCUUAGCAUCCUACCCCACCGGCGUGGUCCCCGCCGUCAUCUCCGAGCUUGGGGAGCGCGUUCGCGCCGCUGAGGAGGCGGGCGUACGCAGGUGGAAUAUGUUGCUGGACCCCGGGAUCGGGUUCGCCAAGGGUAUGCAACACAACUUGGAGUUGCUGAGAGGGCUUGCGGAGGUCACGGGUGGGAUCGGAUUACCCUGGGUUGUGGGGCCUAGUCGGAAGAAGUUUGUCGGCACGGUUACCGGCGUGGAAGUUGCGAAGGAGAGGACGUGGGGAACCGCGGGGGCGGUGGCGGCGUGUGUUGCGGGCGGGGCAGAUGUGGUUAGGGUUCAUGAUGUCGCGGAGAUGAAGAAGGUGGUUGAUAUGGCGGUGGCCAUUUGGAGGCAAUAA